AUGGUGGGACCUGAACCCCCAAACUUGACCCUUGGCCCAGAAGAGCCCGUGGACGAGUGUCAGCAGGAGCUGCCGCUGGCCCGGACCGUGGCGUCCUGGAUCGUGGGAGGACACGAGGCCCCGGAGGGCGCGUGGCCGUGGGUGGUGAGCCUGCAGGUGCUGCGGGGCGGUGUCCGCUUCAUACACCUGUGUGGAGGUGUGCUGCUGAGCCGCAGAGCUGUGCUGACCGCCGGGCACUGCGUGGACGGCAGGACGGAUCCAUGCUCCUGGCGGGCCGUCCUGGGCGUGCACAACCUUCAGAAGCACGGCCCGUACACGAGGAGGAGGAAGAUCAGGAGGAUCAUUGUGCACUCGAAGUUCAGGAGGGAAACCUUUGAGAACGACGUGGCGGUGUUUGAGCUGAGGACGGCGGUGCGUUACAGCCUGUUCAUCCAGCCCGUGUGCCUGCCCCCAGCACCCCUGGUGCAGCCCCUGGAGAACAGCUCUGACUGCUUCAUCAGCGGCUGGGGACGCACGGCCGAGAAGGGUAAAAGCUCAUCUGUGCUGAAAGAAGCCCAAGUGGAAAUCCUCCCUUCCAGCCUGUGCAACAGCUCCGAAGGGUACGCGGGGCUCAUGAACAACAAAGCGCUCUGUGCCGGAGUCUGGGCCGGAGGCACCGACAGCUGCCAGGGUGACAGCGGGGGCCCCUUGGUGUGUUACCACCCCGACACCGACAAGUAUUACCUCAUUGGCAUCGCCAGCUUUGGGGUGGGCUGCGGCCGCCCCAAAUACCCCGGGAUCUACGUGCGCCUGUCCCAGUACAGAAAAUGGAUAAAAGCAAAACUUCUGUUGACUAACAAGAGCUGGAACCCCGUCAGCACCGCACUCACCAUCCUCCUGACCGUGGUACAAGCAGUGCUCCUGCAGACGGUGUAGAGGGGAAAACCAUCGUGUUGUCCUCGUGGAGGUCUGUCCUGCCUGGAAAAGGUUGGAAAACCCAGCUCCCUCCUGCCUCACAAUAAAACCAAGAGCCAAAGGAUGUGCACUUACUUUUUAGGAGUCGUGUUUGCCAUUGUGUUUUGUUUCCUGCCUCUGAUAUCCACACUGACAGGAGAGGAAACAGUAACAGCCUCAGCACUAAUAAAGAGAAUUGAAUAUA